AUGCAACUUUUCUCAGUGAUUUUGAUAUGUGGAAAUAGGCUAACUAGUGUAAUAAUGCCUUUUCAGCAUUCCUACGUGAGUUUGGGAGGGCCUAGAUCAAUUUCUGGGCUCUAAAUUUCGAAAAAUGUACAUUUUCAGUUCUGGAAACGCUACUUACGCCAUCUCAUCAUUGCUCAGAUUAUAUUUUCCCUCAUCUCCGCCUCUCCCACCCUAACAGGCCCGGCUUACGCCUUCACCUACCUAAACCAGGGCCAAGUUGCCUAUAUCCACAAUAUCCCAUAUUUCCGAAGCUCAUAUUUCCGUCUGAUUUUCAUGGUCCCUGGAAUAUUCUUCAUGAUUAUCUCGAAUAUUUUGAUCAUUCGAAAAAUUUCAAAAAUCUCUGGGGAUAUGGAAAAAAUGCAAAAAUUGAUGACAAUUUCCACAAUUUUUAUAUCAAUUAAUUCGCUCCUGGCGUUAUUUUUCUCGAUUUUUAUAUUAACUGUGGAUUUUGAAGAUAUUCAGAAAAUGAAUACGGUAUUGGGAGAGGCAUUAUUGCUUUUAACAUUGAUCACUAAAGAUUUGAAGUUGAUAAGGUAAACAAUACUUUUUUAAAUUAUGAAAAAUUUUCCAAGUUUUCUAGUGGUCCAAUAAUUUUGCUUAUCAUGGAUGGAAAAAUUCAAAAAAGUUUGCUGUUUCAAAGAAGAAGACGGAGCUCGAGUGUUGGGCAGAGUAGUCGAGGAAUCACUGAUUGA